UCUCAAGGAUUGUUUUCCCACAAGUCAUUCCGUAACCUACCGUAGUACAGUGCAUUGUUUCACCUGGUUGGACAUGCCUGAAUCAGGAGAAAGCGAAGAUGAAAUUCAAUUCAUCCGUACGGAUGAUGAGGUUGUCCUGCAGUGCAUCUUCACCACCCAGCAAGAGCAUCUGAAGUUUUGUCUGGCCGCCGAGGGCUUUGGGUGCAGACUCUGUGGUCUGGAGUCCACCUCCAACUGCAAGAAUGUUCCUCCAGAUCUGUCGGUGUGUGCCUUUGUGCUGGUCCAGUGUCUGUCUGUCAGAGCUCUGCAGGAGAUGCUUGUUAAGAAGUUGGACCAGACAGCAAGUGCUUGUCAGGGAGGUGGUCAACGCACUCUUCUUUAUGGUCAUGCUGUACUGCUCCGACACUCCUACAGCAGGAUGUAUCUUGGCUGUCUGUCGACAUCCCAGUCGUCAACAGAUAAACUGGCAUUUGAUGUUGGUUUGCAAGAUGAUAAAACAGAUGAGGCAUGCUGGUGGACCAUUCACCCUGCCUCCAAGCAGAGGUCAGAGGGCGAGAAGGUUCGUGUCGGGGAUGACCUCAUCCUUGUCAGUGUUUCAUCUGAGAGAUAUCUACAUUUGGCCUAUGGGAAUGUGAAAGACAAUAAGAACCAGAGUGGCUGUUUUAUUGUGGAUGCAUCCUUCCAGCAGACUCUGUGGAAUGUCAGCCCCAUUUGCUCUGGGAGUGGAGUCGCUGAUGGUUUUUUACUAUCCUACAUUUUAACAGGUUAUCUGAAGGGCGGAGACACGUUGAGGCUGCUGCGUGGACACACAGAUGAGUGUUUGACCAUCUCAUCUACCAACCAGGGGGAGGAGAUGCGCAGUGUGAUGCAUUUUGAAGGUGGAGCAGUGUCCAGCCAUGCACGCUCUCUCUGGAGACUAGAGAUGCUGCGUGUUGCGUGGAGUAGUAGUCACAUAUGCUGGGGUCAGCCAUUCCGGAUGCACCAUGUUACCACUGGCAGAUACCUGAGCCUGAAUGAGAUGAGAGGCCUUCACCUGGUAGACUGCGAGGGGGCUGACGUCAAGGAUACAUCAUUCUUCUUCCAACCCUCCAAGGAAAGGCUGAAGUGUGUGCCAAAGAAGGACAUAGAUGGUAUGGGUGCCCCAGAAAUCAAGUAUGGAGACUCCAUAUGCUACAUCCAGCAUGUUGACUCUGGUCACUGGCUCACCUACCAAGUCAAUGAUGCCAAGUGUGCCCGCUUGGGAGGGGUUCAGCGCAAGGCCAUUAUGCACAGCGAGGGUCACAUGGACGACGGCCUGAGCCUGUCCCGUUCCCAGAGGGAGGAGUCCCACACGGCCAGACUUCUCCACAGCACUGUUCUCCUCUUCACACGCUUCAUCAGGGGACUCGAUGGUCUCGGUCAGCGGGGGAAUAUUCCACUACAGACAGUGGGUAGGAGUCUGGAGGAUCUUAUUGGUUACUUCCAGCCACCUCGGAAAGAGCUGGGUUAUGAGGCCAGGCAGAGCAGCAUGCAAGCACUGAAAAACAGACAGCAUCUGUUUCAAGAGGAGGGGGUCAUAGGCUUGGUCCUGGACUGCAUUGACCGUUUACACCUGUACAGCAGUGCCUCUGAUGUUGCUGCAGCUGCUGGGAAGGAGACAGAAGAUGAGUGGGAGAAGAUUGUCAACUUCUUCUAUGAACUACUGGCUGCUCUUUUAAGGGGUAAUCGGAGGAAUUGUGCAGAGUUCUCAGGCUCCCUGGACUGGCUGGUGGGCAGGCUGGAGAGACUGGAGGCUUCAACAGGGGUCCUGGAGGUUUUACACUGUGUGCUUGUGGAGAGUCCUGAGGCUCUUAAUGUCAUGAAGGAAGCAAACAUUAAAUCCAUCAUCUCUCUACUGGAUAAGCAUGGUCGGAACCAUAAGGUCCUGGAUGUGCUCAGUUCCCUGUGUGUGUGCCACAAUAUGGCAGUGCGUUUCAACCAGCAUCUGAUCUGUGACAACCUGUUGCCAGAACGUGACCUCCUUCUCCAGACUCGUCUGGUCAACCAGGUCACCAGCAUGAGGCCCAACAUCUUCCUGGCCCUGGGUGAUGGCUCUGCCCAGUACAGGAGGUGGUACUAUGAGCUAACCAUCGACCAGGUGAGCCCCUUCCUCACGGCUGAGCCCACACACCUGCGUGUAGGCUGGGCCAACACUGAGGGGUUCCACCCGUGUCCGGCCGGUGGAGAAGGAUGGGGGGGCAAUGGGGUCGGAGAUGAUCUAUGCUCCUAUGGCUUUGAUGGGCUGCAUCUCUGGUCAGGCUGUGUUGGCCGGAGAGUGAGCUCUCCCUGUCAACACCUGCUUAGGGAGGACGACGUGGUCAGCUGCUGCCUUGACCUUGUUGCUCCCUGCAUCUCCUUCCGGGUCAAUGGGCAGCCUGUCCAGGGCAUGCUGGAGAACUUCAGCUGUGACGGGCUGCUCUUCCCAGUGGUCAGCUUUUCGGCUGGGGUCAAGGUACGUUUCCUGCUGGGUGGGAGACAUGGAGAGUUCCGCUUCCUGCCCCCUCCAGGCUUCGCUCCCUGUUCUGCGGCUCUGCUCCCCAAGGUGAAGCUGAGGGUGGAGCUGUGUCAGGACUUUAAACAUGACCAAAACCUUUUGGGCCCCAUUAUUCCCAUCAGCCCUGCAACCUUUACCCCUAAACCAGUAGACAUCAGCCAGGUGGUAUUGCCUCUUCAGCUGGAGCAUAUUUGUGAGAGACUAGCAGAGAACACCCAUGAACUGUGGGUCAUGGACAAGAUUGACAAAGGCUGGACCCAUGGACCUAUGAGAGUGGAAACUAAGAAGCAGGACCCCUGUCUGGUGGAGUUCUCCAGCCUGCCGGAUCAGGAGAGGAUCCAAAUCCUUCAGAUGUCCCAGGACACUGUCCGGACUUUUCUUGCCUUUGGCAUCCAUAUUGGACUGGCAGAAGACUGUGCCGAUGAGGGAGUGAGAUACACAAGUCUCUCCACCAAGUAUGAGUUGCCUAGUGGGUACAGACCGGCUCCAUUGGACCUGAGCCAGAUCAUCCUGACUCCUGCCCAGGAGGCUGUGUUGGAGCUGCUGGCUGAGAAUGAGCACAAUGUAUGGGCCAGGGACAAGAUCAGACAGGGCUGGACCUACAGCUCACACCAGGAUGUGAAGGCCAAGCAAAGCCCCCACCUGGUUCCCUACUGUCUGCUGGAUGAGAGAUCCAGACAAUCUGGCAGAGACAGAGUACGGGAGGCUGUGUGCACCCUGCUGGCAUAUGGCUACAGUCUGGAGCCCCUGAGACAGGACAGAGCUGCAGUGCCAGACCCACGCCACACGGUGCCUGAGAAGUUCAGGGUUUUUAGGACAGACAAUUCGUAUGCUGUGACCAGGGGGAAGUGGUACUUUGAGUUUGAAGCGGUGACAGCAGGAGACAUGAGGGUGGGUUGGACACAUCCCGACCGUCCUCUGGUUGAAGAGCUUGGUUUAGAUGCACAGGCUUUUGUGUUUGAUGGCUCCAAGGCCCACUGGUGCCACCAGGGAGGUUACUGUCUGGGUCGUCCCUGGCAGAUUGGUGAUGUGGUGGGUUGUAUGGUAGACAUGAGUGAACGUACCAUGAUGAUCUCUCUCAACGGAGAGCUGCUUCUGAACGACAACGGAUCAGAGCUGGCUGCCAGGGACUUUGACAUCGGCAAGGGCUUCAUCCCUGUCUGUAGUCUGGGGGUGAACCAGGAGGGAAGAUUGAAUCUGGGUCGUGACGUGGCCUCCCUGCGUUACUUUACAGUGUGUGGCCUACAGGAAGGCUAUGAGCCAUUUGCUGUCAGUAUGGCCAGAGACCCAUCCCUCUGGAUGAGUUGGAGAAAGCCUCAGUUCAUCCAUGUACAGCCAGACCACGAUAAAAUAGAGGUGACAAGAGUCCAUGGCACUGCUGAGAGCCCACCAUGUUUAAAGGUGUCACAAAGGUCAUUGAGGCCCCAGAGUUGUGUCAGUCACAUGGGAUUUUACAGACUCAGUAUGCCUUUAGAAUGUGUUGGGACCCUCUCAAGACCAGCAGGGUCUACUCUACCUAUCAGCAGCAGUGUCUCCACAGCCAGGAAAGACCUCCAGGAGUUUGAGGUUGACUCUGACUUUGAGAUGCUGAUGAAAUCAGCUCAGGUUUAUGCAGACUCCAGGGAUGAGCUGAACCACAAGGACUACAGUCAUGAUAAAACAUCCAAACUCAAACAACGGUUCAUGUUGAAGAAGCCUAAACCAGAGUUAAACAAAAUCCACUCAUCUGCCCGUCUACUAGAAGAGGUUCAUGCUGACAGGGACGAAUAUGACCAUCUGGCACAAAUCACUACAUACCAUUACUCUGUGAGGGUGCUACCGGGUCAGGAUCCCUACAGUGUGUGGGUAGGCUGGGUAACCUCUGACUUCCACCAGCACCUGGAGACCUUUGACCUGGACAUGAUCCACACAGUUACCGUCACCCUUGGGAACGACCUGGGCAAAGUCCAUGAGAGUGUAAAGCGCAAUAACUGUUACAUGGUAUGCGCUGGAGAAGGCACGGGCCUGGGUCAAAGCAGGAGGAGUGUUGGUCUGACCAUUGGCUGUCUGAUAGACACUACUAGUGGACUGCUAACCUUCACCUCUAACGGCGUGGAGCUGGAGACCUUCUUCCAGGUGGAACCCAGUACUAGGUUGUUUCCUGCAGUGUUUGCUAAGGCCUCCACCACUGAUAUGUUCCAGUUUGAACUGGGGUGCAUAAAGAAUAUGCUGCCCCUGUCAGCCGGCCUGUUUAGGAGCCAAAGGAGGAACGCGACACCCCAGUGUCCCCCCAGGCUGCAGGUGCAGAUGCUGUCACCCGUCCAGUGGACCCGUGUGCCAGACCACACCCUGAAGGUGCAGGCCGACCACCUGGAAAACCACCUCGGAUGGAGAGUCCAGUGCUCAGAGCCCCUGCAGGUCAUGACCCUGCACAUCCCAGAGGAGAACAGGUGUGUGGACAUCCUGGAGCUCCAUGAGCGAGGUGACCUGCUGAACUUCCACCACCACACCUUGCUCCUCUACGCCGCUCUCUGUGCCCAGGGCAACACACGUGUGGGACACGCCAUCUGCAGCCACGUAGACCAAUCGCAGCUCCUCUACGCAAUCCAGAGCCCCAGCCUACCUGGGCCGCUCCGCUAUGCCUUUUACCACCUUCUGGACCAGGUGCACCUGAGUACACACGCCACCACCCGCAUUGCAAUGAACCACGAGUACAUCGUGCCCAUGACGGAGCAGACCAGAGCCAUCACCCUCUACCCCACCCCCAGUGUCAGCAGAACCCCCCAAGGGAUACCAAGUAUGGGCCACAGCACUUCCCUACGCCCCACCAUGCACUUCUCCUCCACCUGCUUCGUCAGAGACAAUGGCAUGGAUGUCAGUGGUGAUAGUUGUGGGGAGGCAGUAGGGGGAGGAAUCAUUUUAGACAGCCCAGAGAUACCGCUGGACUCUCUGAAGGACAUGACAUUAGAGAUGCUGACUGAGGCAGUCUGGGCAUCAGGGCAGGGCAUGAGGUAUCCAGAAGGGGACAGCAUUGAGCUUCGACUGGUGCCUCUAGUUCGGCUGCUGCACACUCUGUUGGUGAUGGGAGUGUUUGGUGACGAGGACCUAGAGUACGUGCUCAGGCUUAUGGAGCCUAAAGUUUUCUCUCGACAGGCAGAUACAAAAGAAGAGCAGGAGGAAGAAGAUGAGUCAGACAAUGAUGAGGAAAGUGUGAUGGAGGGAGACAGUAACAAAACAGGGAAAUACUCCCUAAUUUCAAAACCUCCUUCACUUGGACUGCUUCAGACGAAGUUACCAGAAGCCGUCAAACUUGAGAUCUGCCAUCUACUGCAGUACCUGUGUGACUGGGUGGUGCGACACAGGGUUGAGGCGGUGGUGGCCUUCUCAGAUACCUUCGUGGCGUGCCUGCAAGAAAAUCAGCGCUUCCGUUACGACGAGGUGAUGAAGGCUCUCCACAUGUCUGCCGCCCUUACUGCCAGGAAGACCAAGGAGUUCCGCUCGCCACCCCAGGAGCAGAUGAACAUGUUACUGGGCUUCAGAGAGGAGCAGGGGGAAUGUCCAUGUCCAGAGGAGAUGAGAGAACAGUUGCUGAACUUCCACCAGGACCUCAUGACACAUUGUGGAAUUGAAGUAGACGUCAAUAUGGGGGUUGUGGAUUCCAAUACCUCCAUCAAAGAACGUCUCUUCAACCUGGUUGGCAGAGUCAUUGGCAUGAAAAGUAGAUCUGUACACCCGGGCGAGGCAGAAAAAGCAUUGAAUACCACAGUCACUCUCCGGCAGCUCAUCUCUGAAACGGUGGUUCGCUGGUCCCAGGAAUGUGUGAUAGAGGACCCAGCACUGAUCCGGGCCAUGUUCAGUCUGCUGCAUCGGCAGUAUGAGGGUCUGGCUGGCCAGAUGGGUGCUCCCCUCCACAAGGCCUACACCAUCAGUCAGCUGUCAGUUGAAGACACCAUGUCCCUGCUUGCUUCUCUUGGACAGAUCCGCUCUCUGCUCAGUGUCCGCAUGGGCAAGGAGGAGGAGAUACUCAUGAUCCGGGGACUGGGAGACAUAAUGAAUAACAAAGUGUUCUACCAGCACCCGAACUUGAUGAGGACUCUGGGAAUGCAUGAGACGGUCAUGGAGGUGAUGGUGAAUGUUCUGGGGGAGGGAGAGUCAAAGGAGAUCACAUUUCCUAAGAUGGUGGCCCAUUGCUGUCGCUUCCUUUGCUACUUCUGUCGCAUCAGUAGGCACAAUCAAGGGUCCAUGUUUGACCACCUCAGCUACCUGUUGGAUAAUAGCAGUGUUGGUUUAGCCUGUCCGUCCAUGCGUGGAGCCACUCCCCUGGAUGUGGCAGCUGCCUCUGUCAUGGACAACAACGAGCUGGCCCUGGCCCUGAGGGAAAACCAUUUGGAAAAAGUGGUGUAUUACCUGGCGGGCUGUGGUCUACAGAGCUGUCCCAUGCUGGUGUCUAAAGGCUACCCUGACAUUGGCUGGAAUCCUGUGGAGGGGGAACGUUACCUAGACUUCCUGCGCUUUGCUGUCUUCUGCAAUGGGGAGAGUGUGGAGGAGAAUGCCUAUUCAGUGGUGAAGCUUCUGAUUCGCCGGCCAGAGUGUUUUGGCCCCGCUCUCCAAGGUGAAGGAGGUGAUGGUCUCCUGGCAGCCAUGGAGGAAGCAAUCCGGAUCUCAGAGGACUUGACCAUGGACAAACCCACUACGGCCUACGAGUCCAACAACACAUUCUCACACAGGGACAUUCUGCGAGAUGCAGAGGAUGACAUCGUCCAUAUGGGCCAUGCCAUCAUGACCUUCUACUCCGCCCUCAUUGACUUGCUGGGCCGCUGUGCCCCUGAGAUGCAUCUCAUCCAUUCUGGGAAAGCUGAGGCCAUCCGUAUCCGUGCCAUCCUGAGGUCUCUCAUCCCCAUCCGUGACCUGGAAGGAGUCAUCAGCAUUCCCUUGCAAAUCCCCUCUCUAGCAAAAGAUGGCUCUUUAGUUGAACCAGACCCAUCUAUUGUGUUCUGCCCGGACCACAAGGCAGCCAUGGUCUUGUUCCUGGACCGUGUGUAUGGCAUUGAGGACCAGAGCUUCCUGUUCCACCUGCUGGAAGUGGGCUUCCUGCCAGAUCUGCAGGCUGCUGCCUCUCUGGACAAAAAGGAUCUGAAUUCUACAGACAUGGCCCUUGCUCUGAACAGAUACCUGUGUACGGCUGUGCUGCCCCUGCUCACCAAAUGUUCCAGCCUGUUUUCUGGAACAGAGGGCCAGGAGCCUCUACUGGAUAGUCUCCUUCAAUCUGUCUACCUUUUGUCCAAGGCCCUCAGCCUCACCAAGGCCCAGAGAUGUGCCAUUGAGGACUGCAUGCUGGCCAUUUGCAGCAAGCUCAGGCCAUCCAUGAUGCAACCCCUCCUUCGUCAGCUUGUAUUUGAUGUGCCCCUUCUGACUGACCAAUCUACAAUGCCACUCAAGCUCUUGACCAAUCACUAUGAACAAAAUUGGAAAUACUACUGUCUUAUUGGAGGUUUGGGGCACCCGGUCUCCGAGGAGGAGCUUCACCUCUCCAGGAAGCUGUUCUGGGGGGUGUUUAACACACUUUCCAGGAAGCCUUAUGACAGUGAGCGGUCCAGGCUGGCUCUGCAGUGUCUGGCAGCUGUUGCUGGAGCCCUGCCUCCUGAUCACAUGGACCCUGGCUGUGCAGCCCGGAUGGACAGACAUCCCUGCGUAGGCACACUGGGGCACUUUGACCCUCGACCUGUCGACACCUCUGAAUUGUGUAAUCAAGGUUAUCUCAAGAUGUCAGGAAGACCAGCAGUUAGAGCAUCUAACUAUGUGUCAAUACCCGAGAAUCUGGAGUUUGUGGUGAAUAAAUAUGCAGAACACACCCAUGAAAAGUGGUCAAUGGAAAAGUUUUCCAAUGGUUGGGUCCAUGGGGAAUUCUGUGAACAGACCAAAGUACACCCUCUUCUGAAGCCUUACAGAGCUCUGGCUGAGAGGGACAAAGAGGCAUAUCGCUGGUCCAUAAAGGAGACAGUGAAAAGUAUGUUGGCCUUUGGUUGGACCAUAGAGAGAUCUAAAGAAGGAGAUGGCAGUGGACUACUCAUCUGUUCACGGCGCAUCUCCCAGGCUGGACAGUUGUCAUUUGAAGGUGCAUCAACCUUCACCCCCAAACCCAUGGAUGUGAGCAGUGUGACACUUUCAUGGGACCAGUGUUCUAUGGCUGAAAUGCUUGCUGAGAACUACCAUAACAUCUCGUCCAAGAAGAACAUGGAGGAAGUUGAUACUAAAGGAGGUGGUCAUUCUACAAUGGUGCCCUAUGAUACACUCCCUGCGAAGGAAAAGGCUAAACUGAGAGAGAGAGCCCAGGAUGUCCUCAAGUUCUUCCAGCUCAACUGCUACUCAGUGAGGAGGGACAGAAAGGCAGCAGAGAUGGACUCACCAGCUAUAGCAAACCGCUUUGCCUACACCUUCUUACAGCAGCUCCUUUUAUAUACAGAGGAAGCCCAAGAACACAUGCUAGAGCUGGAGGUCACACAGGCAAGAGGUCAGAUAAAAAAAGUAGAGGCUCCCCACCAGCAGCAGAUUAACUUUUUCAGCAAGGUAGUGUUUCCCCUGGUGGAACAAUACCUGAAGGACCAUCGACUCUACUUCCUAUCCACCUCAGCCAGCUCACAAGGCAAUGGAGGCCAUGCCUCCAACAAGGAAAAGGAGAUGGUCACCAGUCUAUUCUGCAGACUGGGAGCUCUUGUCAGACAUAGGAUCUCUCUGUUUGGGAGUGAUGCACCUUCUAUCAUCAGCUGUCUUCUCACACUGGCCCAGUGUCUGGAUGCUAGGGCUUUGAUGGAAACUGCUCCAGAAUCAGCCAGGGUCUCGUUACAGUCUUUCUUCGAGGAUGCAGCAGUCGACCUAGAGAUGGCAUUUGAGAAUAUCUUUAUGACCCAGAGCAGAACCCAGUCUAGAGAGGUGGCCCAGAUCCUAGACUACACAACUACCUGUCUGCUGCCCACACUGACUGCCAUGUUUGAACACUUGAGCAACAACAAGUUUGGAGAGGACCUAUUGGUGGACAGUGUCCAGGUAUCCUGUUAUAAGAUCCUCAACACACUCUACUCACUUGGCAACAGCACAGUCUUCUAUGUGGAAAGGCAGAGAGCGGCUAUAGGAGCGUGUCUUGCAGCUCUGUCAGGGGCUUUCCCUGUGGGUUUCCUGGAGCCCGCUCUGAAUGAGAACAACCCUUACUCCAUUUACAACACUAUGAGUCCUGAAGAGAGAAAAGCUGUAGGAGUUCCAGACCAGGUGGAGAAGAUGUGUCCUCUCUUGCCCUCUCUUCAGCAGCUUUUAGCCAAGAUUGAUGAGCUGGCAUGUGCAGGCUCAGGAGGACACCAGGCCCAGUACAGUCAUGCCACUGAGGUCACAAUGCCUCUGCUCUGCAGCUAUAUGUCUCACUGGUGGCAACAUGGUCCCGAGGGUCAGCUGGAAAGCCCGGUUUUAUCCUCCUUCACCUCCCAGCAUGCCAGCACCCUGCUGGGCAACAUCCUCCAGAUUAUAUUCAAUGGCCUGGGAAAAGGGCACGGAGACUGGAUCAAGGGCCUGGCAGUGUUUUCCCAGCCAAUUAUCUGCCAGGCAAACCCCCAGCUACUGUCAAGCCACUACCUGCCUCUUAUGGAAAAGCUGAAGAAAAGGGCUGAGUUAGUAAUGCAGGAGGAAGAGCAGAUGAAAGCAGAGGGGCUGAGCACUGUAUCUGAAAUGGAACUUCUGAUUCAGGAGAAAUUCACUGUGCUGGUGCGAGACCUUUACACAUUUUACCCUCUCCUCAUCCCAUUCGUGGAGUACAAUAGAGCAAGUUGGCUGCGGGAACCAAACUAUGAAGCUGAGAGGUUGUUUGGCUUGGUGGCAGAGAUCUUUAUAUUUUGGGCCAAGUCUCAUAACUUCAAAUGGGAGGAACAGAGCUAUGUGCUCCAGAACGAGAUAAAAAACAUGGCCUUCUUGGUCAAUAAUAUCAAUCACAAAAUGAGCAAGCAGUUGUCUGAUCAGAGGAGGAAGAUGAAGAGGAAGGGCGACCACUACUCCACACAGACGUCUCUCAUUGUGGCCUCCCUAAGGAGGCUGCUUCCUGUGGGACUGAGUAUGUGUCCCCCUGCAGUCCACGUUCUCAUUUCAGUGGCCAAACUCCACUUCACACAGAAAGACACAGAAGAUGAGAUUCGAGAGAGCGUACUUAGUGGACUUCUGGUUCUUCAACGCAAGCAACAGGUCAUACCAGGGGCCCGAUGGCAGGAUGUCUUGUAUAGGGACUUCCCAGGCCUGAAAGGAGACAUGUCCGACCCAUUGAAAACAGUAGAGAGGGUCCUAGGACUUGCCCGCUUGCUCUACCACCUAGACCAGUUAGAACAUCGCCAAAGGAAGAAGGCAGUGUGGAAUAAGGUGUUAUCCAAACAGAGGAAGAGGGCUGUGGUGGCCUGCCUUAGAAUGGCUCCUCUCCACAACCUUCCAAGGCACCGGGCCAUGAACCUGUUUUUACAGGGCUAUGACAAGACCUGGAUCGCUGCCAUGGAUCACUCCUUUGAGGAAAAGUUGGUUGAAGAUUUGGCUAGGGCCGGAGAGCCGGAGUGUUCAAAGGUGACAGAUGAAGAAGAAGGAAAGGACGGUGACAAACCGAUCGAUCCACUCCUGCAGCUAAUCACGCUGUUCAGUCGGAGUGCUCUAACUGAAAGUAAGCUUGGAGAUGACGGUCUUUACAUGUCCUAUGCUGCCAUAAUGGCAAAGAGUUGCUGUGGUGAGGACAAGGAGGUGCUGAAAAGUUUUGAAAAGAAGGAGAUGGAGAAACAGAAGCUGCUGUAUCAGCAGGCCUUGCUUCAUGACCGUGGAGCUGCAGAGAUGGUGCUCCAAACAAUCAGUGCCAGUAAAGGUGACUUGGGGUCCAUGGUGGCAUCCACGCUGAAGCUUGGGAUUUCUAUUCUGAAUGGAGGAAAUGCCGCUGUUCAAAAGAAAAUGUUGGAAUAUCUAAAAGAUAAGAGAGAUGUGGGUUUCUUCCAGAGCGUGGCAGGACUCAUGCUAUCUUGUAGUGUGCUGGAUUUGAAUGCAUUUGAGAGGCAAAACAAAGCCGAAGGAUUAGGGAUGGUCAUUGAGGACAGUUCAGGGAAGAAAGUAAUGCCUGGCGAAGAGUUGACCUGUGACCUUUUUCGUUUCCUACAACUCCUCUGUGAAGGACACAACUCAGAUUUUCAGAAUUAUUUGCGAACGCAAACGGGAAACAACACAACCGUGAACAUCAUAAUCUCCACUGUUGACUACCUUCUGAGAGUACAGGAGUCGAUAAGUGACUUCUUCUGGUAUUACUCUGGGAAGGAUGUGAUUGACGAACAUGGCCAGCGUAACUUCUCCAAGGCCAUUAAUGUGGCCAAACAGGUCUUCAACUGUCUCACAGAGUAUAUCCAAGGUCCUUGUACUGGCAAUCAGCAAAGUCUGGCCCAUAGUCGCUUAUGGGAUGCAGUGGUGGGCUUUCUACAUGUUUUUGCUCACAUGCAGAUGAAGCUGUCUCAGGAUUCAAGCCAAAUUGAACUUCUGAAAGAAUUUAUGGAUUUGCAAAAGGACAUGGUUGUUAUGUUGUUGUCCAUGUUAGAAGGUAAUGUGGUAAAUGGAACAAUUGGCAAACAGAUGGUGGAUAUGUUGGUGGAAUCCUCCAGCAAUGUUGAGAUGAUCCUAAAGUUUUUUGACAUGUUCCUCAAACUCAAAGACCUGACCUCCUCUGAUGCAUUUAAAGAAUAUGACCCUGACAGCAGAGGUUGCAUUUCAAAGAAGGACUUCCAGAGGGCCAUGGAUGCCUACAAGCGUUUCUCCCACCGUGAGACACAAUUCCUACUGUCAUGCAUGAAGACGGAUGAAAGUGAGCUCCUGGAUUGCCAUGCAUUUGUCAAUCGUUUCCAUGAACCAGCCAAAGACAUUGGUUUCAAUAUUGCUGUUCUCCUAACAAAUCUGUCGGAGCAUAUGCCUCACGAUUCACGCCUUGGUACCUUUCUGGAGCUAGCAGAGUGUGUUCUGAGCUACUUCCAGCCAUACCUCGGGCGCAUUGAGAUCCUUGGAAGUGGCAAGCGCAUCGAGAGGGUCUACUUUGAGAUCAGCGAGGCUAGCCGCACUCAGUGGGAGAAGCCUCAAGUCAAAGAGUCUAAGAGACAGUUCAUAUUCGACGUGGUUAAUGAGGGCGAUGGGAAAGAAAAAAUGGAGAUGUUUGUCAACUUCUGCGAGGACACCAUCUUUGAAAUGCAACUGGCUGCUCAUAUUUCAGGGACCGACACUGACAGGUCGGCAGGUAAAAAGGAUGAAAAAACAGAGAGUAAGAAAGAAGUGCAGCUUGAGAAAUCAACAAACUUUCUUUUCUCUGUGUCCACAAUGUGGCUCCUUUUUUUUGCUCUACCGUAUGGUUUUAUGAGGCUGAUGUCUAUGCUGUCUGUGAAGAACCUGAAGAAGCAGCUUAAGAAGAGGACUGUGAGGGAUUUAGUCAUGGUAAAUGUUUCCUUCUUUGGGGCCAUUUUCAUUGGUCUGGUCCACUGUGUCUGUUCUGUAGUUCAUUUUUCCCUCUAUGUACUUUACAUUGUUUUUGUGAAUGGAGGACUGAUAGAGGGGGCUAAGAAGAUGAGGAUGGUCAGCCUUUUUGGUGGCAUAUUUGAGCCCACACUUGAUGAGGUCACCGGAGGGUCUGGGGGUUACGGGGAGAGAAUUCACAGCACACAGUUCUCCUUACGUGAGGACCUGAGUGGUCCAGAUCAGUCAGCCAUUUCCCCCAGGGAUACCAAUUUCUUGUCUGACAUUUUUGGUCUGCGAGUGAGGAAAGAUGGUGGUAAAUACAGGCUAAUGACUUAUGAGUUAACAGACAGUCUGACUGACCGGUUCAGUGCAGCUGCUGGCCAACACUCCACUGCUGGAACCAAUGGGAAACACCAGAGUCCAGGUGCCAAAGAAACAGACAGAGAAGAAGAGAAAGUAUCUGAGUCAGAGAAAGCAGAAAUAGAAGAUUCUGAGAAGAAGGGAGCCAAAGAUAAACAGCAAGUUAGAAGAUGCUUCAACAAACCUGAGGAGCCAGAGCAUCAGGAAUCAGCCUUCUGGGAAAUGAUGACCACUGUCCAGAAGAGACUGUUGAAUUACUUUGCGAGGAAUUUCUACAACAUGCGGAUGCUGGCUUUGUUUGCUGCUUUUGCCAUAAACUUCAUUCUACUUUUCUACAAGGUGUCAUCAUCCUCUUCUUUAAGUGAGGAACAGAAGGAAGUGGGAGUGCUCAUUGUCAGCACAGCGCACAUGGAUAAAGAAGAUACUCGGGUUGAUGACACCUCAGAAAGUGUGCAGUUUGUCCUGGAGGAGAGUACUGGUUACAUGGAGCCCACUCUCCGCUUCCUGUCCAUCGCUCACACCCUUAUAUCUUUCUGCUGUAUCAUUGGCUACUAUUGCCUCAAGGUCCCGCUGGUUGUCUUUAAGCGGGAGAAGGAAGUGGCAAGAAAAAUGGAGUUUGCUGGCCUCUAUGUCACUAAGCAGCCACCUGACGAGGACAUCAAAAGCCAAUGGGACAGGCUGGUUAUCAACACACAAUCGUUCCCCAGUAAUUACUGGGAUAAAUUUGUGAAAAGGAAGGUGAUGGAUAAAUAUGGGACGUUUUAUGGCUGUGACCGCAUUAGUGAACUGCUGGGGCUGGAUAAAGCUGCUCUGGACUUCAGUACAGAGGGACAAGAGAGGAGAAGGCCUAAGAAAGAGGCUGUCUGGACAGCUCUAUUCAACUCCAUUGAUGUUAAGUACCAGAUUUGGAAACUAGGAGUAGUGUUCACUGACAAUUCAUUCCUGUACCUGGCAUGGUAUAUGACAAUAUCAGUCCUAGGCCAUUAUAAUAACUUCUUCUUCGCUGCUCACCUGUUGGAUAUUGCCAUGGGCUUUAAGACUCUAAGAACUAUCCUGACCUCUGUUACCCACAAUGGCAAACAGUUGGUCCUGACUUUGGGUUUGCUCGCAGUGGUGGUUUAUCUCUACACUGUAGUGGCCUUUAACUUCUUCCGCAAGUUCUACAACAACAGUGAGGAUGGAGAAGCCCUUGACAUGAAGUGUGACGACAUGCUCACUUGCUAUAUGUUCCACAUGUAUGUGGGCGUACGGGCGGGUGGCGGCAUUGGUGACGAGAUUGACGACCCAGCCGGGGAUGAGUUUGAGGUGGUCAGAAUCAUGUUUGACAUCACCUUCUUCUUCUUUGUUAUCGUCAUCCUCCUGGCCAUCAUUCAGGGUUUGAUAAUAGAUGCUUUCGGGGAGCUGCGUGAUCAACAGGAGCAGGUGAAAGAGGACAUGGAGACCAAGUGUUUCAUCUGUGGAAUAGGGAAUGAGUACUUGGACAAUGUGCCACAUGGAUUUGAAACGCACACUCUCCAGGAGCACAACAUGGCAAACUAUCUAUUCUUUGUGAUGUACCUCAUUAAUAAAGAUGAAACCGAAUAUACAGGCCAGGAAUCCUACGUGUGGAAGAUGUACCAGGAUCGAUGUUGGGAAUUCUUCCCUGUUGGUGACUGUUUUCGUAAACAGUAUGAAGACCAACUGAGCUGAAGGGAUAAGGGAUACCCGAUGCUUGUGGUAUAAUUUCAAUCAUGAUAUUUUUAAGGCCAAAAUACCCUGGAUAAGAGCUGGGCAUUUUUAAGCACACCACAUUGUGGAGUGCCUGGAUGCAACACUUAGCUUAGGUAUAUUGACAAUACACCCCAAACCCCUGAAAUGUGUUAUUGCUAGUAUGAAUCGGUUAACCAAGCUACAGUUUUAUAACAGUAAAUAGUGUGAUCUCUUGUGGUAUGCAAUCUUAUAUAACAUAGCUUCCAGUCAAUCAUCAUUCAACCAUUUGGUAAAAACAUGUAAUUGACCCAAUACUUCUAGAGUUCACUGUAUAUCCUUUAAAAGUAUUCACAAACAUGCUGUGUGAGAUGCACUCAACUAUUGUAUUUUUGUGCACUGCAUCUGUUAACCAGAUACAACAUAAUAAUUCAGUCAGCCAAAUAAUGUGGACUGUCAAAUACAGAAGGAUGAUAUUAGUAGCUGGGAAGAAUAAUGAAUGUGUUUUAUGUGGAGAGAAUUAUUCACUUCAGCAGGUUUCACUCUGGUUCUUCUAACUUUAUGUCCUUAACAUUCUGGCAGAAGGGUAGAAUUAGUUGUUCAAUUAAAAUAAAGACGUUGAUGAAAACCAAAUGGUGUUCAAGGCCGUUAGUCGUUUUCCAUUUCUGAAUGUGUAUAAGCUGCUCUGUAGGCAUUACCAAUAAGUAGCACACUAAAUGUGUGUGGAUGUCAACGAGGCAUGUUUUCACGGUUCAGUCUUCUGUCUUCUCUGGUGUGCUUCUUUUACACGGACAAAAAUCACUGACAUUCACAUCUGUUCCUGCCACCCACCCAUUAUCAGGCUGACUUUCCAGUUUCAACUAUGCUCAGAGGAAACCAGGGCUAACCCUUACCAUGACCGUGAAAUGGAUCACACAUGCUUAACAUUGUGCUGCUUCAGAUGUCCUUAAACUGUUCUUAGAGGCUCUGAGCAUGACACAUUGAUUACUGGACCAAAGGAAGGAUAUAUAUGCAGUAAAACACUAGAUUGUUAGGAGGAACACAGAUCAGGUGUGCCACCUGCAGUUAUCACGAUGAUGUUUGCAUUGUGUUUUACAAAGCCUUGGUUUAGAUAUAGCUGGGAAUUAUAAGGGCUUUGUUUUGCUGCAACUGCUUGAUCAUAGACAGGUUUAAUGUUCCCUGUUUAUAGUUGAAAGCUCAUUAAACUUGUUCAAGUGUCUAU